AUGCCAGAAACCGUCACUACUACCCCACGCGUAGUCCCUGGUGCCCCGCCCCCGCCUGCCCCCUCCAAGUCGCAAAAGAAGAAGCGCAAAGCGGGAAAACCCAAAGAAGCUAGCGAGUCGGACGUGCCUGUUGCCGUGCCCGACACGGCGACUGCUGCGUUGAUUGAGAAGGCUCCCGAGGCGAGUGAUGUCAAGGAGGGUGCAGUCGCACCGCAGCUGGUCGCCCAAGUAUCCGAGGAGCCCCAGACCCCCGCAGAACUCAAGCUGAGUCCCAUCGUGGACAUGCUGAACAAACGGUUGAAGGCGAACGGAAAGAAGAUUACCCGGAUACAACUCUACCAGAACGAGUCUCCUGAAAAGUUGAACGACGACCAGAGGCGACUGUUGAAGACCCUCCCUACUCUCGAAGCUGUAAGCAAGGAGCUAGAAGAGGUCAAGAAGGCCAUCGAGGUUCAUGAGGCCGAGCUCGGCCAAGAGAUUGCCUUCCUCAAGGCUGAAGCCGCUCGCGCCGAGGCUCAAAGGAUACGUGAUGCUGUUGCCGGAGCCCAGGCCGAAUAUCUCGACAAGACGGCAGAGCUCGUUACCUUCCUCCGGCUGCACGGCAUGCUGUCCAACAGCCAUCCGGAUGCUCUGGCCCUGAACCUGAACGAGGCGGAGGGUAUUGCCGUGUACUCGAUUACCGAGACCCUGCUUCAUGAAGUCAACGCUGGGAAGACCGACAUGAUCCGUUCAAUAUUUACUGGCGAGGGCGAACACCUCGGCAUUCCUUAUUCGCGUGUUGUUGAGAUCAAGGAGCGGUUCCUGAACCCUCCUCCCGCGCCACCAAAGGAGGCUGAAGAAUCCCAGGAAGCCUCCACGGUAUCCGAAGAAGCACCCACGCCCAUUUCCGGCAUCCCGUCUACAGUCGGAACCUCUGGAGCAAUCAACUUCAUCUUGACUGAUGAGCUCGCGGAAGCCGAGGCAGAAAACGCACCAGAUAGCAAUGAAUGGGUAGAUGUGCAAGCUCAGGCUGAGCCUGAACAGCCCACCGAGGUUGAGAUCAGCGAGACCGUUACCGAAUUGGAGGUUAACGGGCACACUGUCGUGGAGGACUCCGUGACGAUCACGACCACGACUGAGGUACCUACGUCUGCCUCGAUCAAUUGGGCCGACGAGGAGGAUCAGAAUGAGCUGCCCUCAUUAGCGAACCUACAAGCCCACUAUGGCACUUCUGGCGACGCCUCGCCUGCGAUACAGACGCCUGAAGCCGACGGCGCGGUGCCUUCAGUUCCUGGAACCCCUCACGCAAAUGGGCACGGUGCCCUCGUUGAUGAUGACGGUUUCACACACCAUCACAGAGAGCACAGAGGCCGUGGCCGUGGCCGGGGUGGACCCAGGGGAAGCGAGCGGGGCGGAUUCCGCGGUGGCUUCCGCGGCGGUGAACGUGGAGGUCCUCGCGGUGGAUUCCGCGGUAGUGAUAGUGAGCGUGGUGGCCACCGUGGUGAUGGAGAGCGUGGCGGGCACCACCACCACCGCGGUGGCGAUGGAGAACGUGGUGGGUUCCGGGGUGGCGACAGUGAACGCGGUGGGUUCCGUGGCGGCUUCCGUGGUGGCGAGGGCCGUGGUGGCGAGGGCGAGCGUGGCGGCUUCCGUGGCGGUGAGGGCGAGCGUGGUGGUCAUCGAGGAGGCUUCCGUGGUGACCGGGGCAGUUACCGCGGCGCACCGGAGGGUGAUUGGCGCGGUGGACGUGGUAGGGGCCGUGGACGAGGAUUCCACGAACCUCGCGGUGGUGCUCCCCCCGCGUAGGCUCUAUUUUCUGCACGAGGGUUCCCAAAAGGCAUGGGGUAGUCGUUCCGUCGGACUCUCGUUACUCUAUAGCUUGGUCGCUGCCCACCUGCUCUCACCUGUUGUUGUGUUGUUGUGUUCUGUUUUAACAGUGCUCUUCCCUUUUGCAAUAUCC